AUGUUUUGGCAAUGGUUCAUUAUCAUUGUGAUUCUACCCGUCACGUUCAUAGUGUUCCUGAUCUUCUGCAUCUUCGUGCUGGUACCCUCCGCCUUCAUAUUCGCGUCAUGGUACAUGCGCAUCAAGGAACGGAAGUUGACUAGGCGGAAACGAGAUGGAGCCAACGUCGCGUUCUUCCAUCCUUAUGCUAACUCGGGGGGUGGAGGCGAGAGAGUGCUAUGGGUGGCUAUCAAAGCUAUGCAAACUAGUAUCAUUGUGAUUCUACCCGUCACGUUCAUAGGGUUCCUGAUCUUCUGCAUCUUCGUGCUGGUACCCUCCGCCUUCAUAUUCGCGUCAUGGUACAUGCGCAUCAAGGAACGGAAGUUGACUAGGCGGAAACGAGAUGGAGCCAACGUCGCCUUCUUCCAUCCGUAUGCUAACUCGGGGGGUGGAGGCGAGAGGGUGCUAUGGGUGGCUAUCAAAGCUAUGCAAACUAGGUACCCAGAUACAAAUAUAUUCAUCUAUACAGUAGACACAGCCGAGGCACAGACUAUCCUGGACCGGGCCCAGAACCAGUUCAACGUUAAGGUGGAACCUGGUAAAAUCAAUUUUGUGCGGUUAAUCUUGAAGAGGGCGAUAGAAGCGGAGUCCUACCCGUACUUCACGCUGCUGUUGCAAAGCCUUGGUUCUAUGGCGCUGGGUAUGGAGGCUUUCAUGAAGUUGAAUCCAGACGUGUUCAUAGACACGACGGGGUACGCGUUCACGUACCCCAUCUUCCGCUACCUGGCGCAGUGUCCCGUGGGCAGCUACACGCACUACCCCACGGUCACGGGCGCCAUGAUGCGGCGCGUCAAACACCGCAUCGUCGCCUACAACAACUCCGGGGUCAUCGCCAGGAACCCCAUCUUCACCUGGCUCAAACUACUGUAUUAUAAGAUAUUUGGAUGGAUGUAUGGUGUGGUGGGACGGUGCGCUGAUGUGGUGAUGGUGAAUGGGACUUGGACGGAGGAGCACAUCAACGAGCUCUGGGAGAUACCACUCAGCACGCACAGGGUCUACCCGCCGUGUGAGGUGACAGAGCUGAAACAGCUCCGUUCCUUAGUGAAGGAGUCGGAUCCCAUCCGGAUACUUUCCGUGGCCCAGUUCAGACCAGAGAAAGACCACCCGCUGAUGCUCCAAGCGAUGUACGAGCUAAGGAACCUUCUCGUCAAGAACGAAGUGCUUUGGAACAAGAUAAAGUUGGUGCUGGUCGGUUCGUGUCGCAACUCGGUGGACGAGGAGCGGGUCCAGAACCUGAAGGACCUGGCGAAGCACCUGGCGCUGGAGGACAGCGUCCAGUUCGUGGUCAACGCGCCCUACGCGCGCCUGCUCCAGCUCUACCAGACCUGCAGCCUCGCCAUACACGCCAUGUGGAACGAACACUUCGGCAUCAGUGUGGUAGAGUGUAUGGCUGCGGGUCUGAUCACCAUCGCCCAUCGCUCCGGGGGCCCCCUGGCCGACAUCAUCGAGACCUCGGAGACCUCCCGGACUGGUUACCUGGCCUCGGAACCCGACGAGUACGCCAGGGCCAUUCUAGAGGUUAUCGCCUUGCCAAGUGAUCAGAAGAAGAGAAUUGUGGAAGCUGCAAGAGCGUCAGUUGACCGUUUCUCCGAGAUGGAGUUCGAGAAAGCAUUCCUUCGCGCCGCUGAGCCUCUCUUUGCACUUGACUAG